UCUCGAGUAGCCCAGUCUGCCGCAGACACCAGGCUCACUGUGGCUGUCCCGUCCCGUCCGCAGUCUGCUUCAGCACCUGGUCUGCCCGCUAUGCCCUUGGACACGGUCGCCUGACGCCGUGAUAGAGGCCACUGUAGAAUACGGUAGACUGCAAAGACUAAAGCUGAAGAAGAACAAGAGACAGGACGGAGGACAUCGGGAUUUUUUUUUUUGUCUUUUUAUAACAAUUAUCGAUUUCAUCUUUCGGAGCUUAUGACAAGACGGCGCACGGAGUUUAUGGAUACUUGACAGGGCAGGGAUCGCUACUGUUUUCCUUUUGAAACCUAGGUUCUUAAAGAUACUGCGACAAAGACUUUUCCCGGCGGUAUUUACUUUUUUUGCAGCCUACGUACUUUUCCUAAACCUACUUGCAUGGAUGUACCAUGGCUACGUUUAUAUGCAGGGUACAGUUCCUAGAUGAUACUGAUCCAUUCAACAGCACAAAUUUUCCGGAGCCGACCCGACCACCUCUUUUCACAUUCAGGGAGGAUAUUCCACUCAUAAACCAGAUCGCCGGAGUCCACAGACUUCUGAAAGCCCCACAAAAGCUUGAUGACUGCACUCUGCAGCUGUCCCAUAAUGGAAGCUACCUGGACUUGGAGUCCACCCUGGAAGAGCAGAGGGACGAGCUGGACGGCUUCCAGGAGGACGGAGGGAGGGGCAGGAAGCACAGUAUCAUCCUACGAACCCUGCUGUCAGUCAGAGUCCAUGCCUGCAUAGAAAAACUCUACAACUCAGUAGGACGAGAGCUGAGACGAGCCCUGUUCUCUCUCAAGCAGAUCUUUCAGGAUGACAAGGACCUGGUCCACGAGUUUGUGGUGGCUGAGGGACUCACCUGCCUUGUUAAAGUGGGAGCAGAGGCUGACCAGAACUACCAGAACUACAUCCUCAGAGCUCUUGGGCAGAUCAUGCUCUAUGUGGAUGGGAUGAACGGCCUGAUUGGACACAACGAAACAGUGCAGUGGCUCUACGCGCUGGUCGGAUCCAAGUUCCGUCUGGUGGUUAAGACUGCUCUGAAGUUGCUGCUGGUGUUUGUGGAAUACACAGAACCAAAUGCUGCACUACUCAUCCAGGCUGUCAAUGCUGUAGACACCAAACGAGGUUGUAAGCCGUGGUCCAAUGCCAUGGAGAUCCUGGACGAGAAGGACGGCGUGGACACGGAGCUGCUGGUGUAUGUCAUGACCCUCGUCAACAAGACGCUUGCGGGUUUACCAGACCAGGACUCGUUCUACGACGUGGUGGACUGUCUGGAGGAGCAGGGCAUCGAGGGCAUUACACAAAGGCACCUGAGACGAAAGGGCACGGACCUGGACCUGCUGGAGCAGUUCAACAUCUACGAGAUGACUCUUCGUCACGAGGAUGGCGAUGAUGAAACGUCACCACCUCCAGCGGGACGCAAGGACCGGCGCCGUGCAAGUGCGGGGGGCACGCACGAGAGGCGGGGCCUGGAGCGCAGACGCAGCCGAAGACACUCCCUGCACACCGGCAAAGGCCACGCCUCCGCACCCUCCUCCCCCUGCCACGGCAACGCCCACAACUCCAUGCCUUUGAGUGGCCAGAGGAUCGAGGACGUCACAGAGAGAGAGGACGAGGUGGAGGAGGAGGAGGUGGAGGAGCAGGAAGUUCAGGAGCUCCAAAAAGCGCAGCUCUCUAAACAGGGACCUAGCAGAGCCUCUCCUGGUGUUGGCAGGCCGAAUGGCUAUGCAGGCACGUUCCCAGGCAGGACGUCCGCUGUGUCCAGUGCCCCCCCCUCUGCCCCCUUUAACCGCUGCGUUUCUACGGGAGGCCCAGCUGCAGACAGACAACCCGACAGGCCUGCUCUGGGAGGUCUGCUGACUUCGUCCUACAGACAGCACCAGGAGUCCCUGGCCGCGGAGCGCGAGCGGAGGCGUCUGGAGAGGGUGGAGAGGCUGCACAGGAUCGAGCGUGAGGAGAGAAGCCGUUUCAGUCGUGACUAUGAAGACAAAAGAGAAGAGAUGAGACACGCUCGUGAAGAGAGGUACAAGCAGGUGGAGAGACUGGCGGGGCAGGAGUUCGAGCGGGAACGGGCGACAUCGUUGCCACGGGGACGUACGGAGAUCACGCUGAGUCUGAGGUCACACGCCUCCGGCCUCUCCAGCGCGGGCUCUCGGGAGGACACGCGCUCACGGACGCAUGCCGCACAGAAAGCUGAGCCAGAGCCAAGCCAGAGCGGGCAGACAGCUGCAGAGCUACGCUCUGUAUCUGCUGCUGCGCCGGGCCCACAGCGGAGCCUGGGGGCGGAGGACAAGCCCAGGCCUGCGGAGGAGGAGGACGUCCCCCGCACGGAGGCGGAGACGGGCAGACUGGACGGGAGAGGGGAACAGGAGCCAGAGGGAGAUGGUGAGGAGCGAAAGGGAGAGGCACACGAGGAGGGCAGAGGCGGAGAUGUCAACGGGAAGGAGAACGAGGAGACGGGGGGAGCCACGAACACGGGGACCGCGGACGAGGCCGGGGCAGAGGAGGAGCGUGAGAGAGAGCGAGUGUCAGAGAGGGAGGUGGAGGAGAGAGGGAGGGACGUGGAGGUCCUUAGCGAGAAGGAGAGGAAGAACGAGGAGGUGAACGAGAAGGACAACUGCUCGGCGUCCAGCAUCUCAUCAGCCAGCAGUACUCUGGAACGCGAGGAGCGAGAGGAGAAGCACUCGAGUGACAACGACUCAGGCCAGUGGGCAGAGUGCGUCAAGGUGGCGGACAUCAACGAGCAAUGCGGCAGAGUCCUCACCAGCAAGCGCUUUAUGUUGGACAUGCUGUACGCCCAGACCAAGAAGCCCAGCGCAGAGGAGGAGGAGGAGGAGGAGGAAGGGCAGGAGGGCUCGGGCCAGGCGUUGCACGUGGGCAGCCUCGCCUGCCGCAUCUCCACGCUGGAGGCGCGGCGGCAGACAGGCGAGGAGAGCGCGAAGAACACGGACACCCAGCACCUGGACAACCAGGGCAGCGUGCGCGCCGUGGCCGAGAGGUUCAGCGACCUGGUAAAGGGCCUGGCCUCGUCCCAGGAGGCGGAGCUGGCGGGAAAGGAGAAGCAGCCCCAGGAAAAGCCGCUCCCCGCCCCCGCGCUCCCCAAGAAAGAGUCGGACCACAUCUGGGAGCAGCUGAUGGCCAUGCCCCGCGAGCUUCGCAUCAAAGAGAUGGACUUCACGGACCUGAAGGACGAGGACGACGCGGAUGUUUUGGACACCGGCGGCGUGGGCGGGGCGGUCGACCACACGGCGCCCCCGCCGCCGCCGCCAUGCGUACCCCACCUUCCACCGCCCCCCGCACUCUUCGGCUGCCCGCCGCCUCCCCCGGUCCCGGGCAUGCCUCCUCCCCCGCCCUCCGCGGCCUCGGCGCUGCCCUCGCACGUCGGCUCCCCUCAGCAUGGUCGAGGGGAGCCGCCGCUCUUCCAGAAGAAGAGAAAGACCGUCAGGCUCUUCUGGAAUGAGGUGAGGCCCACAGACUGGCAGUACGGCAGCCAGAAGCGCUGCAAGGAGUCGCUGUGGUCCAAAUUGGACCCGGUCAAAGUGGACACGGCCAAGCUAGAGCACCUCUUCGAAAUCAAAUCUAAGGAGCUUCCCGUCACAAAGAAAACGGCAGCAGAUGGGAAGCGGCAGGAGGUCAUCGUUCUCGACUCCAAAAGGAGUAACGCCAUCAACAUCGGGCUCACGGUCCUCCCCCCGCCACGCACCAUCAAAACGGCCAUCCUCAACUUCGACGAGUACGCCCUUAACAAGGAGGGCAUCGAGAAAAUCCUGACGAUGAUUCCUACAGAGGAAGAGAAGCAGAAGAUCCAGGAGGCACAGCUGGCGAACCCCGACACACCUCUGGGAAGUGCCGAGCAGUUCCUCCUCACGCUCUCCUCCAUCAGCGAACUGUCCGCCCGCCUGCAGCUCUGGGCCUUCAAGAUGGACUACGACACCCUGGAGAAGGAAGUGGCUGAGCCCCUACAGGACCUUAAGGAGGGCAUGAACCAGCUGGAGACCAACAAGACCCUGCGUUUCAUCCUGUCCACGUUGCUCACUAUCGGCAACUUUCUCAACGGCUCGAACGCUAAGGGCUUCGAGCUGAGUUACCUGGAGAAAGUUCCAGAAGUUAAGGACACUGUCCAUAAACAGUCACUGCUGCACCAUGUCUGCUCUAUCGUCGUGGAGAAGUUUCCAGAGAGUUCAGACCUCUACUCGGAGAUCGGAGCCAUUACCCGCUCUGCCAAGGUGGACUUUGACCAGCUGCAGGACAACCUGUGCCAGAUGGAGCGGCGCUGCAGGGCCUCAUGGGACCACCUGAAGGUCAUCGCCAAGCACGAGAUGAAACCGGCCCUGAAGCAACGCACGUCCGACUUCCUGAAGGACUGUGCAGAGAGGAUCAUCAUCCUCAAGAUUGUGCACAGGCGCAUCAUCAACAGGUUCCACGCGUUCCUGCUGUUCCUGGGCCACCCGCUGUACACUGUGCGGGAGGUGAGCGUCCUCCGCUUCUGUAAGAUCCUGAGUGAGUUUGCGCUGGAGUACCGCACCACCCGCGAGAGAGUGCUGCAGCAAAAACAGAAGAGAGCGAACCACCGAGAGAGGAACAAGACCCGUGGCAAAAUGAUCACUGAUAGCGAGGAUGAAGAAAGCGGCGAGAGCGGAAAGUUUGCAGGCACGUCGGCAGAGGGCCACGAGUCUCCGCCCCAGGGGCUAGGCUGUGACGAGGACGUAGCAGAGCACGAGCAGAUGACCGCAGUUCUGCGCGGCAACCUGCAAGGCGGCGACAGCACCGGCUCUGUCCUGCCAGGCCUGCGCACACGAACCAGAGCCAGCCGAGGUCGCCUGGGACUGUGGUCCUCGGUCAGCGAGGACGCGUCCAACUGCAUAGAGGACACGGCGGACGAGAUCAUGGAGCGCAUAGUGAAGUCGGCGACUCAGGGGCCCAGUCAGCGCAGCCAGCCUCGUGAGAGGAGACGCUCCCGAGCCAAUCGCAAGUCUUUAAGAAGAACACUGAAGAAUGGGUUAACCCCAGAUGAGGCCCAGGCACUGGGACUGGCCAACGGCUCUGAGAUGCAAGUGUGAAAUAUGAUAGACUCUAGCAGCUCAGGGUCUCAACACACACCAACCCACACACACACACACACACACACACACACACACACACACACACACACACACACACACACACACACACACACACACACACACAGAGAAAAGGGAUAUCGCUCUACCCGUCACACGCAAAACCAGAACUUGGAUCCUGCAGCAACAGAUUACUAAUGUAAAGAAUGAUUUUAAACUUGACAUUUCCUAACAAUUUUACCACUUUUAAUGCAUUUUUAGAAGACAAGCACAGUGGGCAUCGGUUGCUGUUUAGCCUUCUUGUGCACAAACCUCUUGAGAAACACAUAUGCGCGCGCACACACACUCACUCAUACUCACACACCCUCUUAGCCCUAUAACUGAAGGACUGUCUAGUUAUCCUCUAUGGAGACAAACUUACCACUGUGGCCUUGAGAGUGAACCCAAAGAACUGUGCUUCAGACAAGGGUGGACACUCUCGCCCUCGACCUUGACCACAGUCAGGUCCAAACUGCAGUGACCAGUAGCACCUUCAGCAUUCAUGCCCAACAGAAACUGUGGAGCACAGAUUGAUAAACCACUGAGGUAGACAUCAAAACAUGAGUCUCCUCUCUGCACUGCUGUGGUAUUUUUUGUUGGUUGUUUGUUUUUUUGGGGUUUUUUUUUUAUCACUUGCCAUGCAUGUUUUUAAAUUUGAUAAACAGGACGGAAUCCACAGAAAGUGGAGUCUGCACUGGCUUAGUGUUGGUCAAGGCUACAGGACCUUCUGCAUUUGUGCUGUGUGACCGCAGUUGAAGCAACGCGGCUGUGAUCCUGGCUACACUUCCACGCGCAGCUUAGUCGCAGUCCAAGAGCAAGAAGAAUUUUUAACAGAGGGUUCACCAUGCUGUGAUCCUCAACGUACCCUAAAAGUAAGAGGCAGGAAAGCGUAGGCCUUGGCUGUGAGCAUUUUAACGUUCAAUCCUGC